GUUAUACUUUUGUCUAUUAAGACAACUACAGGCCAAGAAUUGGGAAUGGAUUUGGAAUCUCAAGAAUCCACUGCAAUGUCAGAGUCUGUAGAGCCUGAUGGACCGGUAGUGUAUGAUUGCGAAACCAUUGGAUUCCAGGUCUGCCAGCUCUACCCACUGGUCGACUCGUGUCCGGAAUCAUACUUCUGUCACAACACGAGUCUUGUGGAGGACUCCGACAAAGGCCUCUGUCGUCGAGUUAAGGACAGCUGUAUCUCAGAGGGCAGUGAAUGUUGUCAUGACAUCGACUGUUGCAUUGAGAACGAGGCGACGGCUCCACUCAAUUGUGUCGAUCAGAUUUGUCGCGUUUUGUUAAUAUAACACUACUUUGGACACAG